GUCCAACUGAUUCAGUCCAACGUUGGAUGGUCUUGCGACCAGUCAGGCAUUUUAUUAAACCUCUGAUAUCCUAUUAUAUCUGAACGAACAUACUUUUAUCCAUCUUAUUAUCCUAUUGUGCAUCUGAUGAUAGCGUCAUGUCGACCGUAUUCCAUGAUGAACCCGAAGCCACCGAUAGCAACACAUUCUGGACCAACGAGACUAAGAGCACCUCGCUCUGGACCAGGAGGUUUGGUUGGCCGGAGAGGGUCCCCUUCUUACCUGUGCUGACUGCUGGUGUCAUCCUGACUCUGAUCAUCACACUGGGAGUCAUCAACACUAAGACCACGGGCCGUGUGUCAUCGUUGGAGCACACGGUGACCAACUUGACGUCCAGCCUCCAGUCCCUGACCAGCUCUCUCAACCACACCAGAGAGGCACUGAAGGAGGUGAAUCGUCUGAGGUUUUCUGUGGAGACCAAUAAGGACCAGCUGACCUCAGUGGCUGCUGCGUUGCAAGGUCUGCUUGUCCUGGAGACCCUUCAGAAGACGGUGGCCGCACUCAAGUGUACUCUAGACCGCAUCUCUAACAACGGCAGCAGGGUGGCGGUGGGCGCGCCGUGCUGUGAGCUGGGCUGGGUGCUGUUCUCUCCCCGGUCCGCCCGGCCCGGCUGCUACCUCUUCUCCACAGACUCCCUGUCCUGGGACAACGCCCGGGACCGCUGCGUCGCCCAGGGGGGACACCUGGCUAUCCUACACACCGAUGAGGAAUGGAGCUUUGUAACCAGUAGGCAGAUGCCGGUGUACCACUGGGUCGGUCUGACGGACGAACGGACGGGGAAGUGGGAGUGGGUCAACCAGACGCCGUACACCAUGGACCGGCGGAAAUGGAAACCGAAUCAGCCCGACAACUGGAUGGGGUCUCGAACAAGCACAGAGGACUGUGCUCAUCUCCAUAGCAACGGUCAGCUUAAUGACCUGCAUUGCUUUGAACGACUACGCUACAUCUGUCAGGCACACGCCCACCGUGUAUAAACUACAACUACGAACUACAACUACCACUCGCUAAACUACAACCAGACUGCAGCCACGCUUUAAACUACAACCACGCCCUAAAGGACAACAAUGCUUUAAACUACGACAUCGCUUUAAACUACAACGACACAACCACGCUCUAAACUACAACCAGACUACUGCCCCACUCUGCCUACAGCUACACUCUAGACUACAACCAUGCUCUAAACUACAAUCAGACCACAACAAUGAACGGACAUGGUAUAAUGUUGAAAUAAACUAUUGAAAAUGA